UUUUCAUAGCCCCAACAUACACAGAGGUGGAGAUAUUAAUUUUUAAACCAAAGAUAUAUAGAUAAAUCACUGUAUAUAAGAGCUGGUGUUUCUCUUGUUCAUCACCUCCACACAGGAACACUGAAGCUGACACUGAGAAGAAAGAAGAUAAUCCUGCAGAAGAUCAUUUUUACCAUUUGCAUCAUCUCAACCAUGAAGGUGCUGAUUGUGUCUCUACUGGUCUGUGCCAUGAUGUCUCUGACCAGAGCUGCUGAGAAAAGUUACAUCAUCAAGAGGUCUUCAUCUUGUCCAAGUGGUUGGACUGGCUACAACGGUCGCUGUUUCCUCUACGUUCCAACAGCCAUGACUUGGGCAGAUGCUGAGAAAAACUGUCUGUACCACGGUGGAAACCUCGCAUCAGUGCACAGCUUCGAGGAGCAUCAAGUGAUUCAGAGUAUGAUACUGCGGAAAACUCAUACGUAUUCCGUCAAAUUGCUUGGAGGCUCCGAUGCACAACAGGAGGGUUCCUGGUUCUGGAGUGAUAGUACACCUUUUAGGUUCAACUUCUGGUCUCCAGGACAGCCUGAUAAUGCACACUGUCUGUUGAUUAACUUUGGAGAUCAGAAGAAAUUUGACGAUCAGCCCUGCAGUUACAGCCUGCCGUUCGUCUGUGCUAAAAGGAAAUAACAUGUCUUAGGAUAACAGAGAAACAUGCAUUACCCAUCACAACCACAGGAGUUGGAGUUCUGUGUCUUUAUCACCUGUAGUCUCUUGAAUGUAGUAAUCCAUACUUUUUCCCUACUUUUUUCAUUGCUUAAAGAAUGUAGC